AUGAAUUCCUCCACCCUCCACCACCACGUCGGCCGCCUCUCCAAGAAACUCCUCCUUGCCUACACCUUCGACUGGCUCAUCAUCAUCCUCUUCGCCGCCGCCGGGGGAGCCCUCUCCUUCGUCUCACCCGUCCAUCAAGUCUUCUCCCUCCUCAACCUCGAGAUCUCCCACCCCUACAUCGAAGAGACAAUCACCACCUGGAUGCUCGUGGUCAUCGCCCUCCUCUGCCCGGCAGUCUUAAUACUAGCGAUCACCAUCUUCCUGGUACCCGGCAGCCAGGUGAGGAAGAGGCUAUCUCGCGGACAGAUCUGGCGACUCAAAGCCUGGGAAUUAGAGAAAGGACUCGCCGGGCUAUGUCUGAGUGUCGCCGUUGCCUUCUUCAUCACGCAGGGCAUGAAGAAUAUGUUUGGGAAGCCGCGGCCGAGUCUCUUGGCGAGGUGUCAACCUGAUCUGGAUGUUCUUGCGGAACAUGUGGUGGGUGGCUGGGGCCAGGAUCUUUCCAUGAGGUGGACCUUGGUGGAUUCGGGCAUUUGCGGGACGACGGAUCGCAAGUCGUUGGAUGAUGGGUUUCGCAGUUUUCCCAGUGGACAUGCGAGUUGGAGUUGGAGUGGAUUACUCUACCUCACGCUGUUCUUCUGCGCCAAGUUUGCGGUGGGGUUCCCUUUUCUGCCGCCACAGCACUCCAGAACAGCGAAGAAGGAGAGGCUUUCUUGGGACCAGGAAUUAUUACCUCUCCAUGCGAAUGGCGCCACGGGGGAUUCGCAAGACCGCGGCCAGGGACAGAAAUAUGAAGAUGAGAUGGAUGAUCCUCUUGCCCUCCGAAAUGCAGCCGCCGCUCCACCAAAUUACCUCCUCAUCCCUGCUCUGCUACCCGUAGGAGUAGCAGUCUACAUCUGCUCCACGCGAUAUCACCAAUACUAUCAUUUCGGUUUCGAUCUCCUGGCGGGGAGUUUGAUUGGGAUCGUUACGGUAACUCACACCCCCUCUUUCCCCCUUCUUUUGCUUUUCCAGUACUUACUACCUUUAUUAUCUAGGCGUACGUUUCGUUCCGAUGGUAUCAUCUCCCUAUUUCGAGGGGACAGGGUUGGGCAUGGGGCUCGAGGUCGAGGGAUCGGGCGUUUUGGAUUGGGGUGGGGUCUGCUGGGUACGUGGGUGAUGAAGGGUGGGAGAGUAGAAGAGGGAAGAGAGGGGAUUUGGAGGGGAAAUGA